CAGCAGCAGCACACUGGAAACACAGCUUCAACUGUACGGAUUAUAAUCUCUCUGCAGAGCUAAUAUGUCUCCUGACACCAGCCUGUUUAUUCUCAUCACUUUUUGGGCUUCAGUGCAGGAUGUUUGUCAACUUGGUUUGAGGUUUGGUACCUGUCACUGAGGCCCUCCUUGUCCUGGGCUAGGUUUGGGUCUCCCGCUGAUGCAACAGCUGGAUGCUGAGCUUGAUGACAGCAUCCCGACUCACAGGGUGAGGACGAAGCGCUGCGCCUGCAGCAGCCAGCUUGACUCAGAGUGCCACUACUUCUGCCACCUGGACAUCAUCUGGGUCAACACACCCAGUAAGACAACAGCUUAUGGUCUUGGAAACUCUCUGACACGGCGCAGGAGGUCCACUUGUCGCUGCACAUGUGCAAACCCAAGGGAUCAAACUUGCACCAACUUCUGCAGCUGCAGUGCUGGAGUUACUCCCCCAGAGAGAUCCAUAAAGAAACUUGACAUACUCAACAUCCUGAGGGCAACAGCCAUCAGGUCCAAGCAAGCUCUUUAUUUACCUGACUCAGACAAAUCAUCCGAGGCUCAGAGGGAGAACGAUCGCUAAACAACACAGCUUCAUGCAGCGAGAGCGAGAAAAGGCGAGCAGCGAGCACCUGAACAAAUGACACCUCUCUGAUCAAAGAGGGGGAAACAAAGGUCUGCUGAAAGAUCCGACUCAGAAAGGCAGACAAGCCGCACAAAUACGAGGGUGGUGGAAACGUGACGGGAUCUGCAAACAGAAAGAGAUGUAGACGGUAGGCACUGAGAGGAGACACUGUAGGACAGAUGUGCCUACUCAUGUUGGACUCUGAGUUGUUAAAGCUGGAGCAGCUGUGACUCAGUACAGACAGUACAGGCCAGCAUAGACAUAGAUGGAUGUUAGAAAGGAAAAGAAACAUGCAUACUGUACAGACAUGUGCAGGAAUGUCACUUAUACUAGGCAUGUUUUCACUAAUACCUAAAGAAAAAAUAUCUAUCUUGUCAUAAAAAUACUUGUUUUCCUCUUUUGUUGGAUAAACAAAUAAGUUAUUUCACAUUUUUUAUAUGUUGCUUGUAUUAUGAGUGAUCUAUGCUGAAAAAAUAUAUAUUUACAAUGCAAAGAAUAUUAUUUUUGUAACACUGCAUCACCUUUACUACCUGUUCAAGCUGUCUAAAAUUGUGAUACUUCAGCCUUUUUUGAUACCACUUGACCUAAAAUGAUUCAGUCUCCCCCUAUUUUAUUUACCAAUAUUACUGAUAGUACCAACACUUUAAAUAAACAUCUAUUAUAGAAUGGAUGGAUUUUGGAGAAUAAAAAGUCCAUCAAAAAUUGUAAAAAGUGAAAAAAAAAAAAAUCUUUAUUGGCUAUGUUUCAGUACUGAAACUCUGCCAGUACAUUUGGUAAAUUUAGGCAGUAUGAAUGGUUUUAUCUGCAAUUUUUUAAAUAUUCAAAACAGAAAAAUCACAAUUUUUGUGUUUUUGUUGCCAUGGUAUUAAAACUGUAAUGGAUAUUAUUUGAUCUUUACUAGUAACUUUCUAAAGUUUAAAAUUUGAUGUUGUGACAGCCAAACUUCAUAUGUCUCAAAAAUGUGGAUGCACAAAACAAAACAAAAAAAAAAGUGUUUUUUUUUUGUCUUUUCUAAUGUAUAUGCUAUUAUGUUUACUCACACUGUGUAAAUAAAGUUUUUAUGGAAAAGAAACAGCAGCUUAGUAGUAACUUGUCAGAAAAGCAGCCUGUGUGAUUCAACAGUGUGACAAGCAAACACAUCUCUGACUUGAAAAGGAGGCCUGAGAUGGAUGAAUGGUCCAGGAAUUUGAGGCUUGCAUCAAUAAUAAGUUUAUGGGCUAUUCAAAGGCAGCAAGGCCGCUGUUAUCAUAAGGAUUUGUGGAAAGAAUGCAGCGUUUUGUUACUCUGCUCAGGGGUGAGAGAGAGGUACAAAAUGCCCUGUCACCCCAUGUUCCUCUCUGCUUGUACUGAACAUACCGUCCAUGAACACCUGAAUAUGCAGGGAGGUACAAUCACAGACAACCAGCUCUCAUCUUAUAAAUAAACUGAUAGAGAAGGGACCUGUUUCUGCUGU